UUUGUUGUACCGAGCUUGCGUGAGCAAGUGUUCGGUGCUGUACCUUGGCGCCUGGAAAAGAUUGCAUAGUGAUGUUCGACAGGGAGUAUUAAAAGAUCAACACCAUAGAGAACUGCGUUCAUUAAAUUGUUUUGUGGACAACUCGGUUGUCGAUUACACCGAGGUUUAAACCACAAUGGCUACCCCUGCAUUUCCGUAUACCUUUGUCCCUCCUGGGAUACCCACUCCUCCUGCUCCAAUACCGGAUUAUAUGUCAGAAGAAAAACUGCAAGAGAAAGCACGUAAGUGGCAACAGUUGCAAGCAAAACGUUAUGCAGAGAAAAGAAAGUUUGGGUAUGUUGAUGCCCAGAAAGAAGACAUGCCUCCUGAACAUGUCCGUAAGAUCAUUCGUGACCACGGUGACAUGACCAACAGAAAAUUCCGCCAUGACAAGAGGGUUUAUUUGGGUGCUCUUAAAUAUAUGCCUCAUGCAGUUCUGAAACUCUUGGAAAACAUGCCUAUGCCGUGGGAGCAGAUCCGUGAUGUACCAGUGCUCUAUCACAUAACUGGUGCAAUUUCAUUUGUAAAUGAGAUUCCUUGGGUCAUUGAACCGGUGUACAUUGCACAAUGGGGCUCAAUGUGGAUUAUGAUGCGUCGAGAAAAGAGAGACAGACGGCAUUUCAAACGAAUGCGUUUCCCACCUUUUGAUGAUGAGGAACCCCCUUUAGAUUAUGCUGACAACAUUUUAGAUGUUGAGCCUCUGGAAGCCAUUCAAAUGGAGCUGGAUCCUGAAGAAGAUUCCUCAGUUGCUGAUUGGCUAUAUGAUCACCAGCCUCUUAGAGACAACACCAAGUUUGUGAAUGGGUCUACAUAUAGGCGCUGGCAGUUUUCUCUUCCAAUGAUGUCAACUCUUUAUCGUUUGGCCAAUCAGCUUCUAACAGACUUGGUGGAUGAUAAUUAUUUCUAUCUUUUUGACCUCAAAGCCUUCUUCACCUCCAAAGCACUUAAUAUGGCCAUACCAGGAGGACCUAAAUUUGAGCCACUUGUUAGAGACAUCAACUUGCAGGAUGAAGACUGGAAUGAGUUUAAUGACAUCAACAAAAUCAUCAUCAGACAGCCAAUAAGAACGGAGUACAAGAUUGCAUUUCCAUAUUUAUAUAAUAACUUACCUCAUCAUGUUCAUCUUACUUGGUAUCACACCCCAAAUGUUGUUUUCAUUAAAACUGAAGAUCCUGACCUUCCAGCCUUUUAUUUUGACCCCUUGAUCAAUCCAAUUUCCCACAGGCACUCUGUCAAGAGUCAAGAGCCUUUGCCUGAUGAUGAUGAGGAGUUUGAGUUGCCAGAGUUUGUAGAGCCAUUUUUGAAAGAUACCCCUCUUUACACUGACAAUACAGCCAACGGUAUUGCUUUACUGUGGGCUCCUCGUCCGUUUAAUCUACGUUCUGGGAGAACCCGCAGGGCUCUAGACAUCCCACUCAUUAAAAACUGGUAUCGUGAGCAUUGUCCAGCUGGACAGCCAGUGAAAGUACGUGUCUCCUACCAGAAGCUACUUAAGUACUAUGUUUUGAAUGCCCUCAAACAUCGGCCACCUAAAGCACAAAAAAAAAGAUAUUUAUUUCGCUCUUUCAAAUCCACAAAAUUUUUCCAGUCUACAAAGUUGGAUUGGGUUGAAGUUGGCCUUCAGGUAUGUAGACAGGGAUACAACAUGCUGAACCUCUUGAUCCACCGGAAAAAUCUUAACUACCUUCAUCUGGAUUACAAUUUCAAUCUAAAGCCUGUGAAGACUCUCACCACAAAGGAGCGUAAAAAGUCUAGAUUUGGCAAUGCGUUCCACUUGUGUCGAGAAGUGUUGCGUCUCAGCAAGCUUGUGGUUGACAGCCAUGUGCAGUACAGACUGGGAAAUGUUGAUGCUUUCCAGCUGGCAGAUGGCCUGCAGUAUAUCUUUGCCCAUGUGGGUCAGUUGACUGGAAUGUACCGUUAUAAGUACAAGCUAAUGAGACAAAUUCGAAUGUGCAAGGACUUGAAACAUCUUAUAUAUUACAGAUUUAACACUGGUCCUGUUGGAAAAGGCCCUGGCUGUGGAUUCUGGGCUCCUGGCUGGAGAGUCUGGCUCUUUUUCAUGAGAGGGAUAACACCACUUCUGGAAAGGUGGUUAGGAAACCUGCUUGCCAGGCAGUUCGAAGGACGUCACUCAAAGGGAGUGGCAAAGACUGUCACAAAACAGCGUGUGGAGUCCCACUUUGAUCUGGAAUUGAGAGCUGCUGUAAUGCAUGACAUCUUAGAUAUGAUGCCAGAGGGCAUCAAGCAAAACAAGGCAAGGACCAUUCUGCAGCAUCUAAGUGAAUCUUGGAGAUGCUGGAAAGCCAAUAUUCCUUGGAAGGUUCCUGGCCUCCCCACCCCAAUUGAGAAUAUGAUCCUUCGCUAUGUAAAGGCUAAAGCUGAUUGGUGGACAAACACAGCCCAUUAUAACAGAGAACGAAUUCGUCGAGGGGCAACUGUUGACAAGACCGUUUGCAAAAAGAAUUUGGGUCGCUUGACCAGAUUAUACCUCAAAGCAGAGCAGGAAAGGCAACACAAUUACCUGAAGGAUGGGCCCUACAUCACUGCUGAGGAGGCUGUGGCUAUCUAUACCACCACAGUUCACUGGUUGGAGAGCCGAAGAUUUUCCCCUAUCCCAUUCCCUCCUCUUUCAUACAAACAUGACACAAAACUGCUUAUUCUAGCCUUGGAGAGGCUCAAGGAGGCUUAUAGUGUGAAAUCUCGUCUUAAUCAAUCACAGCGAGAGGAGCUGGGUUUAAUUGAACAGGCUUAUGAUAACCCUCAUGAGGCGCUAUCAAGAAUCAAGCGUCAUCUCCUUACUCAGCGAGCCUUCAAAGAGGUGGGAAUUGAAUUUAUGGACCUGUAUAGUCACUUGGUUCCUGUGUAUGACGUUGAGCCUUUGGAGAAGAUCACCGAUGCUUACCUGGACCAGUACCUGUGGUAUGAAGCUGAUAAGCGCAGGCUUUUUCCACCUUGGAUCAAGCCAGCAGACACUGAGCCGCCACCACUUCUGGUCUACAAGUGGUGUCAAGGCAUCAACAAUUUGCAGGAUGUUUGGGAAACAAUAGAAGGAGAAUGCAAUGUAAUGCUGGAGUCUCGGUAUGAAAAAAUGUAUGAGAAGAUUGAUCUGACACUUUUGAACAGACUGCUUCGACUCAUUGUUGAUCACAAUAUUGCUGAUUACAUGACGGCCAAAAACAACGUUGUUAUUAACUAUAAGGAUAUGAACCACACAAAUUCUUAUGGUAUUAUUAGAGGUCUACAAUUUGCCUCUUUCAUCGUCCAGUACUAUGGCCUGGUAAUGGAUCUGCUGGUGCUUGGCCUACAUCGUGCCAGUGAGAUGGCAGGACCCCCACAAAUGCCCAAUGAUUUUCUUAGCUUUCAAGACAUUGCUACUGAGGCGGCUCACCCUAUUCGAUUGUACUGCAGAUACAUUGAUCGAAUUCACCUUUUUUUCAGAUUUUCAGCUGAUGAAGCAAGGGAUCUGAUUCAGAGAUACCUGACUGAGCAUCCUGACCCUAACAAUGAAAAUAUCGUUGGGUACAAUAACAAGAAGUGCUGGCCCAGAGAUGCCAGAAUGAGACUAAUGAAGCAUGACGUCAAUCUUGGUCGGGCUGUCUUUUGGGAUAUCAAGAAUCGACUUCCUCGUUCUGUAACAACAGUGCAAUGGGAAAAUAGCUUUGUAUCGGUGUACAGUAAAGACAAUCCAAACCUGCUCUUUAACAUGUGUGGCUUUGAGUGCCGCAUCUUGCCAAAAUGCCGCACCAGCUAUGAGGAAUUCACACACAAAGAUGGAGUCUGGAAUUUACAGAAUGAGGUAACUAAGGAGAGAACUGCUCAGUGCUUCUUGAGAGUUGAUGAUGAAUCUAUGCAGCGUUUCCAUAACAGAGUUCGUCAAAUACUCAUGGCUUCUGGAUCCACAACUUUCACAAAGAUUGUAAACAAGUGGAAUACAGCUUUGAUUGGCUUGAUGACCUAUUUCCGAGAGGCUGUGGUGAAUACACAAGAACUUUUGGACUUGCUUGUAAAAUGUGAGAAUAAGAUUCAGACAAGAAUCAAGAUUGGGCUCAACUCCAAAAUGCCAAGCAGAUUUCCCCCAGUUGUGUUUUAUACGCCAAAGGAACUGGGAGGACUAGGAAUGCUGUCAAUGGGGCAUGUCCUCAUUCCACAGUCUGAUUUAAGGUGGUCCAAACAGACUGACGUUGGUAUCACCCAUUUCCGUUCUGGCAUGAGUCAUGAGGAGGACCAGCUAAUUCCAAAUUUAUAUCGUUACAUCCAGCCCUGGGAGAGUGAGUUUAUUGAUUCUCAGAGAGUGUGGGCAGAGUAUGCAUUGAAGAGACAGGAAGCCAUUGCCCAGAACAGACGGUUAACACUGGAGGACCUGGAAGAUUCCUGGGAUAGAGGUAUCCCAAGAAUUAAUACUCUGUUCCAGAAAGACAGGCACACCCUUGCUUAUGAUAAGGGCUGGAGAGUGAGAACAGACUUCAAACAAUACCAGGUCCUGAAGCAAAAUCCAUUCUGGUGGACGCAUCAGCGCCAUGAUGGAAAGUUGUGGAAUCUAAACAAUUACAGAACAGACAUGAUCCAGGCUCUGGGAGGUGUAGAGGGUAUUCUGGAGCAUACACUGUUUAAAGGAACCUACUUCCCCACCUGGGAGGGUCUCUUCUGGGAGAAAGCAAGUGGAUUUGAAGAAUCCAUGAAGUGGAAGAAACUUACAAAUGCCCAGAGGUCUGGUCUGAAUCAAAUUCCUAAUAGAAGGUUCACACUUUGGUGGUCACCCACUAUCAAUAGGGCUAAUGUAUACGUAGGCUUCCAGGUGCAGCUAGAUCUGACUGGGAUUUUCAUGCAUGGCAAAAUUCCAACACUCAAAAUUUCACUGAUUCAGAUUUUCAGAGCCCACUUGUGGCAGAAAAUUCAUGAGAGCAUUGUUAUGGAUUUGUGUCAGGUAUUUGAUCAGGAACUUGAUGCACUUGAAAUUGAAACUGUACAGAAAGAAACAAUCCAUCCCCGAAAGUCCUACAAAAUGAACUCCUCCUGUGCAGACAUCCUCCUCUUUGCCUCUUAUAAAUGGAAUGUUUCACGGCCAUCUCUUCUUGCUGAUUCAAAGGAUGUGAUGGACAGUACAACAACUCAAAAAUACUGGAUUGAUAUCCAGCUGCGUUGGGGUGACUACGAUUCUCAUGACAUAGAGCGAUAUGCCAGGGCCAAGUUCCUCGAUUACACAACGGACAACAUGAGUAUAUACCCAUCACCCACAGGCGUUCUUAUUGCUAUUGACCUGGCAUAUAACCUGCACAGUGGCUAUGGCAACUGGUUUCCAGGAAGUAAACCAUUGAUCCAGCAAGCAAUGGCAAAGAUAAUGAAAGCCAAUCCAGCUCUGUACGUAUUGAGGGAGCGAAUCCGCAAAGGUCUCCAGCUGUACUCUUCUGAGCCUACUGAGCCGUAUCUGUCCUCCCAGAACUAUGGGGAGCUGUUCUCCAAUCAGAUCAUCUGGUUUGUGGAUGACACAAAUGUGUACAGAGUGACCAUCCACAAGACUUUCGAGGGCAACUUAACAACAAAGCCCAUCAAUGGAGCAAUUUUUAUCUUUAACCCCAGAACUGGUCAGCUGUUCUUGAAGAUUAUCCACACAUCAGUAUGGGCUGGGCAAAAGCGUCUUGGACAGCUUGCUAAGUGGAAGACUGCAGAAGAAGUUGCUGCCCUUAUUCGUUCUCUACCUGUAGAAGAACAGCCAAAACAAAUUAUAGUUACUCGGAAAGGCAUGUUGGAUCCACUAGAGGUCCACUUGUUGGAUUUCCCUAACAUUGUGAUCAAGGGAUCGGAAUUGCAGCUUCCCUUCCAAGCAUGUCUGAAGGUGGAAAAAUUUGGAGAUCUGAUACUAAAGGCUACUGAGCCGCAGAUGGUCUUAUUCAACCUGUAUGAUGACUGGCUGAAGACGAUCUCGUCUUACACUGCAUUCUCUCGCUUGAUUUUAAUACUUCGGGCCUUGCAUGUUAACAAUGACCGUGCAAAAGUAAUUUUGAAGCCAGACAAGACCACAAUCACAGAGCCACAUCAUAUCUGGCCAACACUUACAGAUGAGGAGUGGAUCAAGGUUGAGGUGCAACUCAAGGACCUUAUCUUGGCUGACUAUGGCAAGAAGAACAAUGUGAAUGUAGCUUCUCUUACCCAAUCAGAGAUCCGUGACAUCAUCCUGGGUAUGGAAAUCUCUGCACCCUCCCAGCAACGCCAGCAGAUCGCUGAAAUUGAGAAGCAGACCAAAGAACAAUCUCAGCUAACUGCUACACAGACGCGCACUGUGAAUAAACAUGGUGAUGAGAUCAUAACAUCCACCACAAGCAACUAUGAGACUCAGACCUUUUCUUCUAAAACAGAGUGGAGAGUUCGAGCGAUUUCUGCUGCUAACCUACAUCUGCGCACGAAUCACAUUUAUGUCUCUUCGGAUGAUAUUAAGGAGACUGGUUACACCUACAUCCUACCCAAGAAUGUCCUGAAAAAAUUUAUUUGUAUCUCUGACCUUCGUGCUCAGAUUGCUGGCUAUCUGUAUGGCACCAGCCCCCCUGACAAUCCCCAGGUGAAGGAGAUACGUUGCAUUGUGAUGGUACCUCAGUGGGGAACCCACCAGACAGUUCACCUUCCGAAUCAGCUUCCACAGCAUGAAUAUCUUAAGGAAAUGGAACCUCUUGGUUGGAUUCACACACAGCCUAAUGAAUCGCCUCAGCUAUCUCCACAAGAUGUCACAAGCCAUGCCAAAAUCAUGGCAGAUAACCCAUCCUGGGAUGGAGAAAAGACCAUCAUCAUUACUUGCAGCUUCACUCCAGGCUCUUGUACCCUCACAGCAUAUAAGCUGACACCUAGUGGGUAUGAAUGGGGUCGUCAGAACACAGACAAGGGGAACAACCCCAAGGGGUAUUUACCCUCACAUUAUGAGAGGGUGCAGAUGCUGCUGUCGGAUCGCUUCCUUGGUUUCUUCAUGGUACCCGCUCAAGUCUCCUGGAAUUACAACUUUAUGGGUGUCCGCCAUGACCCCAACAUGAAGUACGAGCUGCAGUUGUCCAACCCGAAGGAGUUCUACCAUGAAGUCCACAGACCAUCACACUUUCUGAACUUUGCCUCUCUGCAAGAAGGGGAAAUCUAUAAUGCUGACAGAGAAGACAUGUUCACUUAAGUUGUCCAAACCGUUGGGUUUUCUACUGUUGAUAUUCAACAAAGGCUAAUGUUUAGAGCUCAUUUUGUUUAAAAGGGCCUUACCCUCUGUCUUUGUAAUGGUGUGUAAUUAUUUUAACCUGUACAUUAAAUGUGCACUCAUUAAAUAGAAAAUGAUGAGAAAAAAUGUAUUUCAUGUAAUAAAUAUGUGCUUCCCUUGUAUGUAUUUCAGGGAGUUUGUUUCCUUUGCAUUUAUAGGCCAGUAGCCUAAGCCAGUUUUUCAGUCAUUUUGAGUUCUUUCCUUAAUUUUUGUACAAAGACUUUAGUGAUACAGUAAAAGUAGGGAUAUUGCUUCAAUCAAACAGUUCAUGAUUCUUUUUGAAUAAAUUUAAAUAAGUGUUUUAUUAAAAUUCAAAUAAAAUUGCAUUUGGUUUCUUUUCCCAGUAACGCUCUGACUAGCUUUCUGUAUAUGUGUGUGUGCUGUUUGUAUACCAGCUAUAAAUAAAGCCUCUGCUUUUUUAAAAUGG